UUUGGAUUCGAACUCAAGCAUAUUAUUUUCGUAUAAAAACAAAAAUUGUCAAAAUUUUGUAUAGAAAAAUAUAGAAAGAAUUAGAAUUAAAUUAGAAUUUCAAAAUUAAUAAUAAAAUUGACGAAAAUAAAUAAAUAAUGAAAGGAAUUUGAGAAAAAUGAACCGGAACUUGUGCAGAAAUAAUGAAGAAGUGAAAAUUAUAAAAGUACAAACGUACAGAAAUUGCAAAAAAAUGUGGAAUUAUUUUAAUUUCAUACAGCGGAUUUUGAAUUAUUUUUAAAAAUACACUUUUGAACAAUAUGCAAUCAAUUUUGAAGAUCGAAUUUGUUGCGAAGGAGGCAGAAUUUAAACCGAAAUUAAAAAAUAGUUGGAAGAAUAUGGUUGAAAAUAUUGAAAUUGAUAAUUGUAAAAAGAUCUAAAGUCUAGGAUAAUAAAAAGGAGCAGCUUCGGCAAAAUUUUACAAGACUAGGCAAAUUUCCAUGUGAUUCAACUAAACCUAAAAAAAAUUGAAUAAAAUUUCAAUAAGAAUUUUGUUUUACUAUUAUUGUUAAGUUAAAUUGUGAAUAAAAAAUGUCUGAUAUUAAAGUAUGUGCUGCAAUUGAAUCUGAUUGUAAUGACAUUCUAAGAUUUUUACGUGAAUCAUAUUAUCCAGAAGAACCAUUAACUUUAGCACUGAAACCAUUUCAACAAGCUGAUGAAGAUGAAGAAUUUAAUAUGUCUUGUAUUAAACAUGGCACUUGUAUUAUCGCUUAUGCUGAGGAUGAUAAAAACAAUGCAACUAGUGUAAAAACUAGUAGUGAUAUUAAAAAUAAUGGCUCUGAAAUAAACUCAACGACAAAUACAAUAAAUGCCAGAAAUUUACUUGGUGCAUUAAUUGCUGGUCCAAAAUAUCCUGGUGAAGCUGAACACUUAAUGGAUGCAUCAAAUACAGUAAAAAGUAUGAAAUGGUCAAAAAUGUUAAAACUUUUAAGUUAUUUAGAAUUAAAAUCAAAUGUUUUUGAAAAUUUUAAUUGUCAAAGUGCUGUACAUUGUCAUGCAAUGGCUGUUCAUCAAAAUGCAAGAGGAAAAUCGAUUGGUUUAAAAAUGUUAAAAGAAUUUAUAAAAGUUUGUAAAAAUUUAAAAUAUCCUGUAAUUACACUAGAUUGCACUAGCGUAUAUUCAAUUAAAUUAUGUGAAAAAUUAAAUAUGGUUUGUUUGCAUGAAAUGAAUUUUGAAGAUUAUCGUAAUGAACAUGGAGAACAAGUAUUUACACCACCGUCACCUCACAAGCAAAUAAAAACUUUUGCAAAAAGAACAGAUGAUGAUGAUGUUAUUUAAAGUAAUUAUUAAUAUUAUAGAAAAUGUCAUUGUGUUUUGUGUUUUUUAAUAAAAUAACGAA